UUUUACUUUGUGUAUGGUGUCAGAGUAAGGUGAGUUAGUGCGUUGUUCUCCGGAAAAAGUAACAAAUUUGUGGUAAAAGUUCAUCAAAAUAAGUUGAUAUCGUUGGUAAAAGGUAUCAGGCGUAGUAGCGCUAAAUGCCACCCAAGUUUAGUGUAAUUUUCAAGUGCUUUUAGCCGAAUUGAUCGGCGGAAUAGACGUUCCCCGGCACAUGUGGAACGUGUUGAAGAGUGUGACAGGCACAGAGUAUGCAGAUAUUUAGCCGAUUAGGGAAUAGAAGAUAAAAUUAGGUUAUUUAUAAGUUGGGUUACUGUGAAGAAUACUACCGACCUGUUGGGGAUCUUUUAUAAGGAAGGUGACGGCGAAAGAUUGCUCUCCGGAACUGCCACGCUUGUUGUGGCUGUAUACUGUAGCGACGACAUCCUGCCGCGCUGUGUGUGUGUGGCUGAACAAGCUCACUCGAAGCAACAUCAUUCACCAUGCCGCAGAACGAAUAUAUUGAGCGGCACAUUAAGCUGUACGGUCGCCGGCUCGAUUAUGAGGAGCGCAAACGCAAGCGGGAGGCGCGCGAGCCUAAGAAGCGCGCGGCCAAGGCCCGCAAGCUGAGGGGCAUCAAGGCCAAGCUGUUCCAGAAGGAGCGCCGCAAUGAGAAGAUUCAGAUGAAGCGCAAGAUCCAGGCGCACGAGGAGAAGAAGGUCAAGAAGACGACCGAGAAGGUGGAGGAUGGAGCGCUCCCGCCGUACCUGAUGGACCGUGGUAUCCAAUCGAGCGCCAAGGUGCUCUCGAACAUGAUCAAACAGAAGCGCAAGGAGAAGGCAGGCAAAUGGGACGUCCCGAUACCGAAGGUGCGUGCACAGUCCGAUGCCGAGGUGUUUAAGGUGAUCCGGUCCGGCAAAACGAAGCGGAAAGCCUGGAAGCGUAUGGUCACGAAGGUGACAUUCGUCGGAGACAACUUUACCCGCAAACCGCCAAAGUACGAACGCUUCAUCCGGCCGAUGGCGCUGCGCUUCAACAAAGCGCACGUCACGCAUCCGGAGCUGAAGGCCACCUUCUACCUCCCGAUUAUCGGCGUGAAGAAGAAUCCUUCGUCGCCGAUGUACACCAGUCUGGGUGUGAUUACGAAGGGUACCGUGAUAGAAGUGAACAUCUCCGAGCUGGGUCUGGUGACACAGUCCGGCAAGGUGGUGUGGGGAAAGUACGCCCAGGUGACGAACAAUCCGGAAAACGACGGUUGUAUCAAUUCGGUACUGUUGGUUUAAGAAGGGGCAGCAGUGAUGGGGUGAAGAAGAGCAAGAAGAAGGGGAGGACAUGGAAUCAUUCCUGCGGCAAUGAUUGUGCAUGUAUCAGUAGUAGGUGUUAAGAUUUUCUCUUAAGAUCAGGGAUAAGUGGGAGUUUGCUUAGGCAGGCAGGAGAAAAAAAACAAAGAGAAAGGUUAAAUAAGAAAAGGCAUUGUUCCGCCGGAACUAUAGCGUGCAACUCUGAACGAUAUCCACUCAUUUUGAUGAACGUUGAGCGCGUGAUGAAGUUGGAGAAAGUCGGGGGGAAGGCUAUAAUCCACCUUUCGCUUCCUGCAGACGGUACCAAGAUGCAGAUCUUCGUCAAAACCCUCACGGGUAAGACCAUUACUCUUGAGGUCGAGCCAUCGGAUACGAUCGAGAAUGUGAAGGCGAAGAUCCAGGACAAGGAGGGCAUCCCGCCGGAUCAGCAGCGUCUGAUCUUCGCCGGUAAGCAGCUGGAGGACGGACGCACCCUGUCCGACUACAACAUCCAGAAGGAGUCGACCCUUCAUCUGGUGCUUCGCCUGCGCGGUGGCGCCAAGAAGCGCAAGAAGAAGAAUUACUCCACCCCGAAGAAGAUCAAGCACAAGAGGAAGAAGGUCAAACUCGCUGUCCUCAAGUACUACAAGGUCGACGAGAACGGCAAGAUCCACCGUCUCCGUCGCGAGUGCACCAGCGAAUCGUGCGGUGCUGGCGUGUUCAUGGCUGCCCACGAAGAUCGUCACUACUGCGGCAAGUGCCACCUGACGCUUGUCUACUCGAAGCAGGAGGAUAAGUAAAAAGGAGGGGAAGGGCGAGAAAAUGAGGCGCGGAGGAAACGUACGGCGCGACGGCGGUCGUAUCUGUCUUGCAAACCAACCAGCGGCGGGGGCGCUUUUCCACGCAGGUCCACUUUCCAAAUGUCUCUCUUCUACUCCGUGAAAACGCGGGCAGAAGCUGGCGGCACCAUAAACAACAACACUCCUGUUCGAUUCAGUGGCCUACCUUGGGUGGAAAAAUGAAUAAAGAAGAGCUGAUACGGCUAUCCGUGUACUGUAUGAAA